GCGCCCUUGUCAACACACGACAGCUUCUUAGACAGAGCGGCUUGUUGCUAACUAGCUGAAUCAUUUUGUGUAAGUCUCCCCACUUUCUUUUGAUUGUACGUGUCUUGCAGUGAAAUGGCGGCAAGAUACGACAGAGCCAUCACUGUCUUCUCUCCCGAUGGUCAUCUCUUUCAAGUGGAGUAUGCACAGGAAGCUGUAAAGAAAGGAUCCACUGCGGUGGGGAUCAGAGGCAAAGACAUUGUCGUCCUUGGCGUUGAGAAGAAAUCUGUAGCAAAGUUGCAGGAAGAAAGGACCGUCCGCAAGAUAUGUGCCCUGGAUGAGCAUGUCUGCAUGGCAUUUGCAGGUCUGACAGCAGACGCCCGUAUUGUGAUAAACAGAGCUCGGGUUGAGUGCCAGAGCCACAGGCUAACUGUUGAGGACCCAGUCACAGUGGAAUACAUCACACGCUACAUAGCUACACUGAAACAGCGCUACACUCAAAGCAAUGGCCGCAGGCCAUUUGGCAUCUCUGCGUUAAUUGUCGGCUUUGACUACGAUGGAACUCCCAGGCUCUAUCAGACAGACCCGUCAGGAACCUACCAUGCCUGGAAGGCAAAUGCGAUUGGCCGUAGCGCAAAAACUGUGAGGGAGUUCCUGGAGAAGAAUUACACAGAUGAAGCCAUUGCUGGGGACAAUGAGGCAAUCAAGUUGGCUAUCAAAGCUUUGCUUGAGGUUGUCCAGUCAGGAGGAAAGAAUAUUGAACUUGCCGUUAUCAGACGGAAUCAGCCACUGAAGCUUUUGGAAUCCAAGGAAAUUGAGACCCUGGUGGCAGAGAUUGAGAAGGAGAAAGAGGAAGAGGCAGAGAAGAAGAAGCAGAAAAAAUCCACCUGAAGCUUUCACUAAAUUUUUCUUUAUUGCACUUGGAUGACAAUAGCAUAUUUAGGUUGCAAAUAUUGGUAUGUCUCAGAGGGUUAACCCUCAUUUAUUUCCCAUUAAAGAACUGAAUCCUAACUUGAGAGCUGUGAGGUUUUGCUCACAAUUUCUGUGAGGUAACCCUGUACCAGUUGCAAAGAAUAACUAGUUCCUGUACUUGCAGCGAGUGAGUUGACUUAUUUGUAAAAGCACAUCUGUAGAUCUCAAGUUAUGGUUCAGAUCUUAAUACUGAAUGUUUUUAUAUCAUUCUCCAAACAGCUCUGAUGGUGACCAAUCUCACGCAUUGAAUUUAUAACAUUCAGAACCAUAAUGAAACUUAAUACUCAAUAAAAGCUGACUUGUUUGUA